UAUCAUUAACUAACAAUUUAAAGUGAAUUGUUUAAUCUAAAAAAAAUGAAAUCAAAUAUUUAUAUUAAUUGUUAUUUAAUUUUAUUAAGUUCGGUAACGGUUUUAGCUAUUCCAACAUUCAACAAAAUAAAUCCAAAAGAUCAGCAAUUAAUUCUUGAAUCGUUACCAGAUAAAAAUGGUCGAGAAUUUUUACAGAUUUAUGAUGAAAAUUAUGAUAUUUUAGCCGGUUUAAGCUUCGAUUCGAUAUUUUCCAUCAUAAAUGGUGAAAAACCUUCAGAAAAAAGUUGUCAAGCUUGUGAUUCAAUUCUUAAGUUAGGAAAUGCUUUACCUGAUAAUGAACAAAGUUUGAAUUUUCUUAAAUCAUUUGCCUGUAAAGAUUUUAAUGAAACGACAGCACCUAUUACUGGACGUGAAUGUAUUGGUCUUGUUGAUCGACUUGGGCCGGCAAUUCUAUAUAUUCUACAUAAUACAAAAGUUCCAUUAGAUGAAGGAUGUUCAGUGUUGAUUGGUUAUGAAUGUUCAAAAUUUCUUAAUCGUACUUAUAGUGAAUGGACCUUUUGGGAAUUACCAUUGCCUAAAAUACGACAACAGCCACAAAAAUAUCAAGAAUUUAAACUUGAUGAUGAAGAAAAAAAUCGAAAAAUUCUUCAUUUGACCGAUAUUCAUUUGGAUCUUUUUUAUACUGCCGGUUCAAAUUCCAAAUGUAAUGAACCAUUGUGUUGUCGAUCAACAUCUUAUGUAAUAAAUAACCAAAGUUAUUCGGCUGGUUAUUGGGGCGAAAUAAAUGGUGAUUGUGAUAUACCAUUAGAUUUAGUAAAUAAUUCGAUUAAACAAAUUCAUGAACAACAUCCAGAUAUUGAUAUAAUAUUUUGGACUGGUGAUAAUGUUCCACAUGAUGUAUGGAAUACAUCAAAAGAAAUGGUUAUAAAACACAAUCGAAUUGUAGCCAAUUUAAUUAAAGAAACAUUCAAGGAUGUACUUAUUUUACCUGCUCUAGGCAAUCAUGAAGCUCAUCCAAUUAACAUGUACGUACCGAUAGAAGUAUCGAAAAAAAGUAAUCAUUCAAUGGAAUGGUUAUAUAAUAUUAUGGCUGAUGAAAUAUGGUCUGAAUGGUUAAAUGAAGAGAAUCGAAUAACAUUCAAAAAAGGUGGCUAUUAUUCACGAAUGAUCAAUAAUGGCUGGAAAGUGAUUGUUCUAAACAGUAAUGAUGGUUAUAAAGCUAAUUUUUGGCGUGCAUACAAUCCUAUUGAUCCUGAUGGUCAUCUUCAAUGGUUAAUUAAAGAAUUAGAUCAUGCUGAACGUAAUGGGAUUUUUGUUUCGAUUCUUGGCCAUAUACCUCCUAGUGAUAUGUAUGAAGGUUGGGUGCAUAAUUAUAUACGAAUUUUUGAUCGAUAUUCACAUAUAAUUACCGGCGCAUAUAAUGGCCAUACGCAUAAUGAUGAAUUAGCUGUCAUGUAUAAUCAACAAGGAAAACCAAUUGCUAUCAAUUACAUUUCCGGUAGUUUGACAACAUAUUCUUAUCUAAAUCCAUCGUACAAGAUUUUCAAUAUGAAUAGCAGAGGUGAACCAUUAAAUUUUGAUGUAUUUUUUAUGGAUUUAGAUCAUGAAAAUCGAUUAGCUGCCCGUAAUCAUAAUAAAGUACCAAAUUCUCAACCUAUAUGGCUACAUGAAUUUGAUGCUAUGGAUUCUUAUCAAUUAAAAAAUUUAUCAUCACAAGAAUGGGCUAAAUUUGUUGAUAAUGCAAUUAAUAAUCCGGAUAUGGCUUACACCUAUUCAGAACAUUAUCAUCGUCAUUCAAGAUUAUUUCCAAAUGUAAAAGAUUUGACAUUAGAACGUAUCAUCGAAUUGAUCAAAAAGAUUAAAACUGUAUCACCUUUUCAAAAACAUAAUUAUCUCGUAUGAAUAUGAAACAUUACUACUAUAGUGUUACAUCAUUAUUAGAUUAUUUUUUAAAAAAUUCUAUCAACGUUUUUUUAUUCAGCUCAAUAGAUGGUGCCAUUUUUAUUGAAAUU